UUUUUGUAACGAUGCGUUACUAAGCUAGAUCUCAGAGAAGUUAUUUUAUCUCUAUAACUGUGUUCAUAAAAGUUGGUCACUGUGUAUUUUAAUACUACAAAAUAUCCAACAAAACUCAAACUCUAGCUAAUUGGGGUUUGUCGAUAUAUACAUAGUUUUGAGUUGAGAUAUAAGACUGUACAUUAACUACUUCAAAUUAGAGGAUUACUUUUGUCAUUAACACUAUAAUCGGAAUAUAUCAUAUUUUACAUUUGGUUAUACCACUCGGAGAACAUCAACCUUACUGAAAUCUUCAAUCAUCUAUAAUUGUGGAUUUUGGUACCAGACUCAAUCAGAACACAUACAAACCUGCUGAAUUAAGUAACGUCUCUAAUUUUUGUUGUGUUUAUAACAUUUAACUGAUAUAUAUUAACAUUACUAUUUGUACUUAAUAACUCUUUUAUCAUUUUUGAGUUCAUAUAUUGUUUGGUCCACCACAGCCCUGAGAAGAGGUGGUUGUGCAUUGAGUCACCGAACAUCCUCCUAUCGAAAGCGUGGAGUAGGACUCAUCUCAUCAAUGAGCUUUAUACCCAGUUUUUCGUCACUAGACUAGUUUCACGACAUCUUCAGCAAUUUACUAGUUAGUUAUGUUAGAUCCAGUGAUUAGGAACUACAAGACUUUUUAAUGAAUGUAUAAAUAUGUUGCAAAGCUUGUUCAUUAUAAAUCAGUCGAAUGAAAUAUGUUUAGAAAAACACUGGACAAAAAACAUUUCAAAGACAGUUUACGAUACCUUUUUUGAUGCCGUCACAAAAUAUGCAGCAGGUGAUGUGCCACCCAUUCUAGAAACUCCAAGCAAUUCACUCAUUCAUAUUUUGCGCAACAAUUUAUAUUUUCUAGCUGUGUGUGUUAAUGAGCUACCUCCCUUACUCGUGAUUGAGUUUUUAGAUUGCGUUCAUUCAAUAAUCGAAGAUUAUUUUGGAUCCGUUACUGAAACAUCAAUCAAAGAAAAUGUAGUUUCAAUAUACGAGAUUUUAGAUGAAAUGCUUGAUGGUGGUUUCCCACUGGCCACCGAAUCUAAUAUUCUAAAAGAAAUUGUGCGUCCUCCCAACUUCCUUCAAUCAUUAACAGAUGCGGUUACUGGAAAAAACACGAUUAUUGGGUCCACACUCCCUACAAACCAGUUAUCGAAUAUACGUUGGAGACGUUCUGGUGUGAACUACACUAGCAAUGAAACGUAUUUCGACCUGAUUGAAAAGAUAGACGCGAUUAUCGAUCGUUCUGGUUAUGUAAUUUCUAAGGAGAUUCACGGAUCAGUUGAAUGUCUAAUUAAAUUAUCCGGAACUCCAGAUAUAACACUGGCUUUCACAAAUCAUCGGCUGAUUGAUGAUGCCAACCUUCAUCCUUGUAUUCGCUUCUCACGCUGGAAGAGAGAAAGAAUCUUAUCGUUUAUACCGCCUGAUGGAAAGUUUUGUUUGUUCAAUUAUCAUGUAAGCUCAUUAAGCCCUGUAUCACUUCCUAUCAUACUAAGACAUAAUGUUCUUCUCCGUGAACGUGGAGGUCGUUUAGAUGUAGUGGUAGUACCAAAAACAAUGGGUAAACCUGUUGAAAAUGUAAAACUUACCAUCCAAUUACCACCAGAAGUUUUAAAUAUCACAGCAUCUCCAAGUGUUGGACGAACUAGUUUUGAUGUAACAUCAAAAUUGUUUCAAUGGGAUAUUGGUCGAAUUGAAACAAAAUCUCCAAAUCCUUCAAUGAAAAGUAGUAUCGAUUUAGUUAGUGGUCUUACUACAUUACCAUCAAAUCCUGUAAUCCUCGUAAACUUUUGUAUUCCACAAUUCGUCGUAUCUGGGUUGAAAAUUGCUAGAGUUGACAUUUAUGGAGAGAAAUAUAAACCAUUUAAAGGGGUCAAAUACGCAACGAAAGCUGGCCAAUAUGAGGUGCGAACGUGAGAAUAGUCAACUUAUCUAGUAAAAUAGCACUGUCAAAUGAAUUCCUUUCUGUUUAAGCAUUUACACCUUACUACCCAUUGUUGUCAUCCUGUUUCUUGUUGUUAUGGAUUUUGUUUCAGUGAUUUGCUUCCAUCCUUCAAUAUUAGUACUUUGUGAUAAUUUUUUCUUGUAAGAAAAAUAAUUACUUUAUUUAAAGUCUUCUAACAAUUGAUUUGUUAUGUCUUUGUUGAAUUAAAAGUUAUUCCACAACAAUCUGUCAAUACUGUGAUUAAUGUACACUUGUGACUUGUGGUUAUUCACAAAACAAUAACAUAUUGCUUUUUGGUUAUUUAUUUAAUAAAUAUUCUUUUCUAUUCAUAGUCGUUCAACUAGUAUGUUUGUUUUCGGAAGUGUCUUAAAAUACAUUUUUAUUGUUCAUUUUCUAACGAGUAUGAUAUUUCAGCUAUCUGUAACGCAAGUGAAAUUUCCAUCUGAUUACCUAGUAAAGAGCGAGUACAGUUCUCAGCACUUCUGUUUAUUAUUUGUGCUCCUAUUAAAAAGCAAAAUAUGUGUGUAGCUUGCUGAUGCGUAGAUACGAAAUACAACGCGCAUAUAAAACUAAUCAUUGAAGACUGAUAUUGUUGAGAACAGAACACUAGAUAAAUACAGUAGGGAACUGAGUUUUUUAUGUUGCGUACAGUAUAUUCUUUUAAGUAGAACUCGACUAUCUUAUUGGUUCUGUCAAUUUUACCUGUUAACUAAAUGCAAUUUUGUUAUUUUAAUCUAGGCAUUCUUGAUUACUUUAAACAUGAUAAUGGAUUGGUCCAUGUUUUUAAUUUGUCAAACUGGAUUUUUUGUCGAUUGUUUGAACUCCACAGGAAACAUCGGGUUCCUCAAGAUUGUAUGUACACUUUACUUAGAAGUUUUAACUAGCAUGAUAUUAUACUCUAAAAAUAUUAUUUCUUCUAAUGACUACAUUUUGUUUUGUUAAUUUUACUAUCCAAGUAAACCAUAUAUUUUUGAAAUAUUCAUUAAUUCGGCAAUAUGUUAAGCAAUCCAAACUUUUAUCAUAAUUUUUCCCCACCUCAUCAGAUGGACAUGCGCC